CACUGUUGUAGUGUUGUUGGAUUCACCUGCAGCUCUCAGCGAGGGGAACUGACACAGUAUAAUUACUCUGUCUAUAGAUGUUGCAGCAGAGUCUCCUGACGGACUGAUCUGUACAUCAUGUACGUCUGCCGCUGUAAUGGCUUCUGCUUGUCUUAAGUGCAAAUACGGAGGAGCCAAACCCGACUCCAUCAAGCUCUCUUCACCACAGACAGUGACAGCUGGAUAAACUUCACUGACUGGCUUGGGAACAUUAAAUGAUGCUUGAGCAACAUCGGUGCUGACCUUUGACCUCCAGACAACGAGUCCCCCCGUUCCUGACUUGUGGAAGAUGGAGAAGUUUCUGCUUUGUGUUUGGUUCACCAGGCAGUAAACAAUGGAGGCAUCUGGACUACCUCCGCCAGCACAGCACAAUGAAACUGAACUUAAUGAGACACUGAGUCGUGGCCACCCUAUGCAUCUGGCUCCCAGCAUGCAACUAGGGAGCAUGUCCAAUCCGCAGUCGCGUUUCCGAGACAUGUCGGGCCUCGUGAUCAUGGUGACUCUUAACGCAAUCGCGCUCUUAGCCAACAGCGGAGUGCUUGCCGUAGUAGUGAAAGUGCCACAUCUCCGCAAGUUCAGUUUGGUGUGCCACCUCUGCAUCGUGGAUUUGUUAUGCGCCGCUCUGUUGAUGCCGCUCGGCAUCGUCUGCGGCUCGCCCUUCUUCGCCGGCAUCAUCUUCUCCGUGCUUGAAUGCAGGUUGUACAUUUUCCUCAAUGCCUUUCUCAUAUCUGCCUCUAUCUUCACGGUCACCGUGAUCAGCAUCGAACGCUACUUCUACAUCGUGCAUCCCAUGAGGUACGAGGCUAAAAUGACUCCUCUCUUAUCCGCAGCCGUGAUGGGAUUCAUCUGGGUGGCGUCUACUUUGCUAGGGCUUGCUACCGUCUUUGGGUGGCCCAGUUACGGAAGUAGAAGCUCCAUUGCAGCCACCCACUGCUCUCUCCAUUGGAGCCACAGCGGACACCGGAGAGUGUUCGCCAUUUUAUUCUGCACUGUUUGCUUUUGCGUUCCAGCUGCUAUUAUUAUCGCCGUCUAUGGGAACGUGUAUAAAGUCGCCCACACGGCUGCCCGGGAAAGAGGACCCAUCCCGAGCUGGACGAUGGCGAGCGCUCAUCCGAAGCGCCGGUCUGAUUCCGUCAACAGCCAGACCACGAUCAUCACCACAAGCACAAGCGUCCGCAGAAAUCAAGUCCCUCGCAGGAAAAGGAGAACGCUGGUCGGCGGGAAAGCCGCUUUGACUUUGGCCAUCAUCGUGGGACAGUUUCUGCUCUGCUGGCUGCCUUACUUCGCCUUCCACCUGCAUUUGUCGCUGGGUUUCUCCCAUACCACCUCUGAAGAAGCUGAGGGGCCGGUCAUGUGGCUGGCGUACUCUACGUUCGCAGUAAACCCGUUUUUUUACGGCCUGCUGAACCGUCAGAUUAGGGAGGAGUUGUGUAAGAUGCUGUUCUGUUGCCGAUCGGCCGGCAGACCAGUGCGGCCCUCUGCGUCGGGCCACGAACAUUCGGGACAUGAAGACUUUUUUCAUUUUUUGCACAGGAGCGGAGACAGGGACAGAGUUCGAUGCAGUUAUCACAUGGCUACACCGAGGAACACGCUGGAGCAGACUAGUUUUAGGAUACCGGGGCAAAUACCUGAAGAGGUCACCUAAACAAAGUAUUCAGAUUUUCUAUUUGAGACUCUAAAUCAAUCAUUCACAUUGAUUGCAUUUUUUAUUAUAAAUGAUUGUUUUAGCCUUUUUAGCUCCUUCUAUGUAUUUUUCUAAAUGCAUUGUAUUGAUCUUAUCGUGAACAAUUCUUCAAUGGCAGGGCUCCAAAAUUUAAAAAAAAUAGCUGUGCAAUAUGUUUUAGGAGCAUGUGUGUGAAUGAAUGCGGGUCCUUUAAAAUUUAAGGUCAUGAUGUUUUAAAUGGUAUAACAAACAAUCAUUUGGAGAUGGAAAAACAGGAAUCAAGAUAUACCCUAAUGUCAUUAUUAAAGGCUGUUAAAUUAAAUUAUAAUUGUGCAUUGUGCAUUUAGGUGUUGCUGCUAUAUAUAUAUUUAUGUAUAUAUGUAACAUUUACAUUAAUAUGUUUAAAACACUACAGAAAUGAUCAUUGAUGAUCCUAUUAUUACUGUACUUCUACUGCACUAUUUAAUAUGUUUAAUUUAUUUGGAAAAUGAAGUGACAUAAUGACCAAAAUCUUUAUACAAAAAAAAUAACUUUUUGAAUAAAUUUUUACUUAUUUAUUUCUCUUAUUUAUAACGCAAAGGAUGACCUCAGCUAUCUGCUGUAUUUUGUUUCUACUGUAAAUAUCAGGCAUGGGCUGAAGUGACAAAGACAAGUUGUUUCAUUGUUUAAUAAAGACACUAGUCACGGAAAGCUUGACAUAUACUAUUUCAGUUCAACGCAGCAUAUGUUCAGUUGUGUUGAGUUCAUUGUGCCGCUUGAAUGAUGUGUUAUAUAGAGCCCAUUACAUCACACUAUGUAUUUUUUUGUGCUUUCUUUAUUUCUACAAACAAUGUGGCCAUUGCUGUUUUUGUUUCAAUGGAGAUGGAUAGAGCUUUAUUUGUGCUUUUAUGGGGAGAAUGGUACUGUACAUACGUACAACUGAUUUUUUUGUAUUGUUUAUUAUAGAUGUACAUCUUCAUUCAGGCUAAUUAGUCAACACAACGAUGAAUAAAGAAUAAAGCCACAUAUUAAU